CUCUAACAUGAUUAAGGACAGCUUAGAGAAGGGAGUAGAGGGAAGUUAGUAGGAAAUCCGGACUGGUCGGUCGUCAACGUUCAGCUAAGGGUAAGGGGUACGUAGCGGGAGGAAAGACGAUCCUACUCUACUCUAGGUAGGUAACCAACAGAUGCCGAGUGAGUCGGACUAAUUUCUAUACUGUUUCAGACUUUGUGUCCAAGUAGAAAACCCAUAGCUUGCCAAAAACCGUAAUCUUCACCAAAAUUACAAAGUCUGUUUCUUUAAAAGCAUAUAGCUCCAUCGAUCCUAGAAUUAAUUCUAUUGAGUUUUCGAGAUGUGAUAUAUAUGAUCCCAACUGUUCAGAGUUCAGCGUGAGAGUUGCUAUGUCAGAAAUAACGAUGCCUCUGCUUCAGCAAGUUCGUUUUCUAGAAUUAAGCGCCAUGAAAUCUGCAGAAAUCUUGAAACCACCAUUACAAUGCAAUGAUAUCAGAGUGCUAAUCAAACUGAGCGUCGAUGAGAAGCGUCAAUGGAUUGGAAGAUCCAGUGAAGAAGAAGAUGAAGCAAUCAUUGUAGAAGUUGAAGAAGAGAAUCGUACAGUAUCAAUCCCAUUCUGGUUGUCACUCUUGUUUCUCCCGUGGGCGACCGAAGCUGUUAUCGGUCAAAGCCUCUCUUCCAUGAACUACUUCUUCCGAGAUACUAGUAAGUUUAUAAAACGAGUGUUGUCCGAUUACGCUCGCGAGAUAGCCGAGCAUUCGUUUUCGUUGGUCACGAAGCCCAAGACCAUUGUAAUCGUUGCAAGGAUUGAGGUUCAGACGACGCAUCAUGGAUACGAUGAAGACGAGCAGGUUGCUGAGGCAGUGAGCUGGGAGAGCACAGAAGCCAGCAGUGAGCAUAUCAGCGUCGUUCCUGCAUCUUUGGCUUCGAUAGACGCCCUGCCAACACACAGAUUCGGCAAUGGAGAAUCUAAUAUUUGCUGUGGGGUUUGCCUGGAGGUGUUUUCGUUGAAUGAACAAGUUAAAGAGAUGCCCUGCUCACAUGUUUUCCACAGAGAAUGUAUAGUUCGGUGGUUGUUACAGAGGAAUGUAUGCCCUUUGUGUCGCCAUGAGAUGCCAACUGAUUAAGACACCUACGUUAGAGAGAAGAGAAUGCAUGGUUCAAUUGUUGCAG